ACAGAUGGCGACAGCAGCGCAGGCAGUUACUUUCUCAGCAUUUCUCGGCACACGUCUACGCUUUUGGGGGGCAACUUGUGGAGUUCCGUGCUAAUCUUUCCAGCCAAAUAGGUUGUCGAGUCGCAUCGCUAAUCAUGCUCGCUCGGCCAGUGACAAGUAUUGACAUUCAGCGGCCGAGGGCGACCGAUAACUGAGUAAACAACUCGCCGCCACUUCAGAGGUGAAAACUGUAGUGACCCGCGUCUAAAAUGGAGUUGAGGUGGUCUUCCUACAAUGAUCAAGCGAUAGUCUGAUGUUAUCGAAGAAAAAAGACCUCAAAUAUCUUCGAGAUGGUGUGGCAGGCAAGUACGUCAAAAAGGAAACACCACCGCACGUUCCAGUGGUGAACACCUGGACAACCGCGAACCACCGCCAGAACCAGCGAUCGGCCGAAGAGGCGCAAGAGCAGUCUGCGUCGGAGCCUGCCAGCUUGGCUCAGAAAUGCGCCCGAGCCUGUCAGAACCGGGCAGGCCAACAGAGCCUCUCGGUGCCGCAGGGUGCCUCCGGAAACGCCAAAGAGCACAACGCUCCGCUGGGACCGUUUCUAAGGUCCGCGUCUCCGGUCCCUGUUGGGCAGCAUUCGCAUCUGAAUGCAGCGUCGUCGUCGACGGCCGGGGCUGCGUCCCUGGGCGUGCCCGAACAAAGCUCGGCCAGCUCGUCGCCGAAGGCAAGGCACGCAGCGUCCAGCACUGUUGGGGGUGUGAGCGUCAGUGUGGCGGCAGCGAGGCCCAUCGCCACGGUGCCUCAGCUGGUGCCGCAGCAGGUGGUGCUCGUCUCUCCGCAGGGUCAGGCGCAUGGGACCCACGUGUACGCCAAUCCGUACGUCUCGCAGCGGCCAUCUUUCGCCCAUGAGUCACCCACGCAUCUGCACAAGGGCUCAGCUGGCCCAUUCUUUGAAGAUUCACAACACCAACAGCAGCAGCAGCAGCAGCCUCUGCCGUCACCGUCGUCCAUGAUGAUCGGGGCGGCGGGGGGGAUGCCAGAAGACCGGCUGGCCCUGGACUCGGCAUUGCAGGACAACUACUACCACCAGAUGGAGGAGAACUACCAGAUCCAGCUGUACCACCAGCAGAAGCGGCAGCAGUACGCACAGCAAAGCCACAACCAGCUGUCGCUUCACCCUGCUGAGCACCACCAACCUCUCCACAGCCCGGGCCCACCGCACAUCACCCGGGUGUCCGUGAAUGCCGGUGGCUCCAGCCCCGUGAGCAGUCAGCACCAGCUGCCAUCGCCGGUGUCGAUAUCGGCCACCACGGUGGUCACGUACACCCCAGGCAUCUUCAGCUCCAGCCAACUGCUGCCCGCGGCCAUCACGAGUGCCACCGCGGCGCUUCCCGUCCCGAGCGGCCACCUGGCCGUGUCUGCCGCCGGCGCCGUGGCGACGACUGCGUCUCCCACGUCCAGCCAUCCGCAGCUUCUCAGCCUUGCACCGCAAAACGUGUCCUCCGCUGGCGGCAGCAAUACGUCCCUGCAGAGGUUUCCGAACAGCGGCGGAGGCUCGCAGCCACGACUGGCGGCCAAGAACGCGGAGGAGCUUCCCCUGCCACCAGGUUGGACCGUGGACUACACGAUGCGCGGCCGGCGCUACUACAUAGACCACAACACCAAGACGACCCACUGGAGCCAUCCUUACGAGAAAGAGGGUCUGCCCACCGGCUGGGAGCGUGUUGAUUCUCCCGACCACGGUGUCUAUUAUGUCAACCACAUCACCAAGCAGGCACAGUACGAGCACCCGUGCGCCACUCAGUACGGACAGAGCGGCAGCUCGCCCCCUACGGGCCACCUGCCACCUCCUCGGCACACGAACUUCCACCAGCACAGCGUGCUGGUACCAGCCAACCCUUACCUCACAGAAGAGAUCCCGAAGUGGCUCUACAUCUACUCAAGGGCACCUCAGGAGUCCGACCACAAGCUGAAGUGGAACCUUUUCCGGCUGCCGGAGCUGGAGUGCUUCCAGGCCAUCCUGAACCGGUUGCACCGGCAGGAGUUGGAGGAGGUGGUCAUGAGUUAUGAGGUAAAGCGCCUGGCCAUAUCCAAGGAGUUCGAGCGGCGCCAUGCGCUAGAGCUGGCCAAGGGUCGCAAGGCCUCCACCAAGUUAUGACUGCUCCGUGGAGAGAGAGAGAGAGAGAGGAAAACCUUGGGUGCGGCACCACCACCUCCUAGUCACAAGAACGUCUGCGUGCCGCAAAUGUCAUUGUGCCCUACCCACUGCUUCAGCUUUGUCCUUGAUAGUAUGCAGCUUUGGGGGCCGCGCUGGUCGUGCGUCCUCAAUGCUGCCUCUUCUUCAUUAAUGGCUGUGCGGUGAACAAGUGUUUUCUUUCCCUUGGAAUGCCGAGCGUGUGUUUGCGUGCUGGGUUUUGUUGUUGCUGCUGGUGUCAGCCGACUUGCAGGCUUGAUCAAGCAAACGGGACAGUUCUGCAUGUCCGUAAACUUAUUGCCAUUUGCGGAGUACCAGGGUAUCGGAGAUGUAGACAUGAGCAGAUUUGUUGGUGGCCCCAUCUAUUUUUUUUUAAAGCAAAUGGGUUUACGUAACCUUUUUGUCUGUUUUCGUGGUGGCCAGAGGCUGUUGGUGGUUGGACUUUCACUGCCAGUACAAAGGCGUCGGUGCAAGGGGCAUGUACUCUCGUGUUACUGAGUUGCGGUAGUGCAGCUUGGUAAUGCGCUAUACCUCAUUGAGACACAUGUGUGGUCUACCUAUAUCACUACAAAUGUGCUGGUUAACGACUCUGUUAUUAGCGAAAUUAUGCAUGAAACAACAAAUGCUGCCCAAACAUCCUCACUGCAACAGUUGUACGCCUUCAAGCACACAAUUUCUUUAAUAAAGUGAACAGCUCUCUAGAAGUGUUCAGCUCUUCACUUAAAUGGACAAUCGUCGUAGAUACUUUCUGCAGUAUUUUUUUUGUCAAGCUUCAUGUCCUACGGCAUAGAUGUUUGUGUAAACGAAAGCGUGGAGGCUCUUCUCAUGUUUAAAUUGCAGUAUUGUCCUAGCAGACUUAUAUUCUAUGAGCUAACACCUAUAACCCGCAGCUUGAUCUACUUAUAGCUCGACGGAUUGGGCUACAAACCUUAGCAAGACGAAACUCGGAGCUAUUAUUCUAGUGACCACCUGUAUUUUACCCAGCCACUGAUGCAAAGCGUUGCCUGCAGCGUAAUCGUUAACACACAUUCUUUCUUUUAUUUUCCUUCAGCAAGAGCACUCGUUUAAGACAAAAACAUUGCGAAUGCAUCGUUGGACAGUGUGUCGCAAGAUGCCGCUACCAGCGUCGUUGCUGCUGUCCACGUCUCUGGUAACCCGGUAUUCCAUGAAGGGACAAGCUAGAACUCUUAAUACCUGUGCCACAUAGGCGAGAAGGAAUUGCAUUAACUGCUCAAUGCCUUGUUUAAUGUCAUUUGUGCAGUACACGUACUUAAUGCCAUGAAAGCCUAAUGUCUCUUGCAGUGGCUCAUCCAACGGUUGAAUGCAUAUUUUCUCCAUCCCAACGUUGGCAUAUACAACUGUACGCCAUCGUUGCAAGGUUUAGUGCGAUUGAAAAUGAACUUGUAACAACAACUUCAGGUGCAAUGGCAUUAACUUGGGUUUUAGAAAAUGGCGUUAACCUUGCCCCUGUGGUGCAGGUAUAAUGUCCCUGGACGAAUAGCUUUUGCUGAGUAAUGACAACCGCAGCUGUUUCCCUUCAAACGCGUUUGAAUGUGGUGGAUGUGUUUCGAUGUACUCGCUGCAAUGUUGGUUGCUGGAUUGCAUUCUGCGUCGGUAAUCCUAAAGUGUAGCCAAAAGAAAGAAACAGAAUGUUUGCAGUUUUCUCAGUAUUAUUGCUUUCAUCUACCACAAGCACCAGAUGACAGAGCACUUUAUGAAGAACACUCUGGACAGCAGUGUUGCGAUGGUUCUCAGUGCUUGUCUUUUCAUAAGAAAAGCGUAUCUAUAAACUCUAGAUCAUGCUGUUAGGUUACUGAGAAAGUUGAUCCAGCUGCUAUAUAUAUGCUGGAAGGUUUUGAAGCUUGUGCAUUGUUUGUUUGGAAGCUUGCGUGUUGUUUAUUUGUUUUUUGACAGAAUUCUACGCAAGAGCUUUGUGAAUGACUGUUUUGUGGGUUGCAUAGCGCAUUUUUAAAAAAAUGUCUACAUCAUGAAAAAGAAACUUGUAAUUGUCAAGGGAUACUAUGAGUAGUAAAAAAAAACUAAGGAUUUAGACAGUGGUUCCUCUCAGUCAAUAACCCAAUCCUUUGCAAUUGCAGCAAGAACAGGGGAGUGACAACAGAGUCGUGAAAAAAUAGCUUUCCUACUGAAUCGAGGAAAUGGACAGCUUGAUCUGGUCACCUGACUUUGAAACUGCUGAGUCUGACAGAGAGGGCAGGAACAUGCAAGGUCCAAGUUUCAGUCUAGCUUGGGUUCACGCAUUCUGUUCAUUGUAAUUACAAUCUGCUGCAAGAAAUUAUUGCAGUUGAUUUAUGACUUACAUAUUAAAGGAGCACUGACAUGCACUUUAGAAGUUCUAAAAUUUCCACCGCAUGCAAGUGCACAUAAAAUGAUGACACUUGACAAGUACAGUUGAACAUUGUUGUAAAGAAGUCAUAGCAUACAUGAAAAUACCUUUGUUAUAUCUAAUAUUCAUUAUAAGCAUAUAUUUGUUACACGUUGAUGUUUGUAAAGAAAGAUUCUAAAUUGACUGUUGUAUCCAUUCGUUACAUCUUAGUUCUUUAUAAAAUUUAGGUUUGACUGUGCGAAAGUUGGGUAACGUAAGGUAAUUUGAUACUCAAGUUGGUCGUAAAUCACUGAGCUUGACGCCGUAGACAUUGUUUUCACAACAUCAUGACACAGACCAAAAUUUUCUCACAUCAUGUAAUGGUAAGACUAAGUGUGAUGGCGUUGCUCGUUAAGGUAAACAGGAGUGCUGUACACACUACUUGUAGCUACACUCGCGUGUGGUGCCACAUAGAUUGCAGCAACCCAGUGUAUAACGACUUCAUGACGCAUCCACCUAGCAGGUACAGAAGCUGGUUCAUAGAGGCAAGUACAUAUUACGGUCAAUUAUUUAAGGUGCGCACACUAAUUUUUUCUAGAGCUUUAGAGAGUACGUGCCUUGAGUUAAUGCAAAAAAAAAAAAGUCAGUACUCCUUUAACUUGCAGUUUUGGAAGCCACUCAUUUUGCCAAGAAAUUAGGCUGUUUUGGAUUAUUGAGAAAGUUUACUGCAAGAAGAUGCAAAAAAAGAAAAAAGGGGUAAUAUGAAAGUGUUUAACUUAGCAGACAACCAGAAUUUUUGCUAUAGAAUUAACUAUAUUUGGUCGAGCAUACGUGGUCCGUAGGUGUGAAAUGUUUUUGAUAGUGUCAAGACUAUUGGAGACGCCUGGGUGUUUUAUACAUGGAAUGGUUUGGGAGCAAGAUUAUUGGGUUACUCAUGCUUCCCACGUUAGAGGUUUGUGUAGUUGUUUGUGUGCAAUGUGAUUAAUUAGCGUGCAUUCAAGAAAGAAAGCGUUGUGCAUUUGAGAAACAAUAAUCGUGUUAAAAAAACCCUAUUGAAAGACCAGUGUCAAUAGGAGUAUUGUUAGCUGUCAUAUAUGCAGCAUUACUUUUGUGUUUCUUUCUAUCGGUACUUUGUCACAGCAAAAGAGUUUGAAGAGCAGUGCUGAUCUUUUUCUUUUUUGCAAAGAUUGUGCUAAUAAUUUGAAAUUCCAGUGAAAUCUACUGAAUAUUCUUCUCUACCCACUAGAAAAAUCUAGCUAGAGAUGAACUACAGUUAGAAGUAAGGGGUCAAAUAUUAUAUUAGACACACACGUUUAAGCCUUGCAAAGAUUACGUACCGAGUCCCACAAAUCACAUCCGAGAAAACAGUAUGUCGACGACAAAAUGCUCAUGGAAUAUUUAUUAAAAAAAAACAGAGUUCAAUGUUUUGCAAAGUUGAAUAUGCCUUAAGAGUUGUAUAAGCAGGCGUUUCAUUGUGAUGUCUACAGGGUGUUUCAUGUAGCUUGAACCGAGGAUUUAACAAAGGUGGUUAUCCGCAGCUGAAUGAAACCAACAGCACGUGGCUUGCUGUCAUGUGGCGCUGCUUAGAGUAUCUUUCAUAUCCCACUUAAUUAGUUAACUAAGAUCAAUCAUGCAAAAUGUUUAAUAUUCACUUUAGGGUGAAGUGUGUUUAAUUAUGUUGUAGAGGGGAUUCAGAAAUGACUGAUUUUGUGGCGACGUACACCUGUGGGCGAAAGUAUACGGACCAGGGAUUGUGUGAUAAAACCUAUUUUCUCCUUUACCUGUGAGUGCAACUUGAAAUUAAAGACUGCAGUUCAAACUUGGCAUUGCAGAUUUUCUAGUGCACUCAUCAGUUUCUGUAUGUGCCCGUUAAUUAGUAAGAAAUUCUCUUUUUCCGGUGAUCCUGUGGUCCGUAUACUUGUGCUCACGGGUGUACAUUUCGUGUGGUGACAUUUUGCAGCGUUUAAAGAAAGCCCGCAAAAUAUGAAAUAAAACCAUAUGGCUGCGCCAUGCGCAAUCGCAUUGCAGCGGUCUGAACAACGCUGCAUGUGAAAGAACCAUACGUGCAGACCAUGGCAAAGUGAGUGGCCACGACUCUAGGCGUCGGUUUCGCGGUGCAUCAGCAUCUUGGGCGGGGGCAUACGCAAAGGAAGCACCCUCACCCUUGAUAAGCAAUGGGCUUGACGCACGAUUGAGAGCGCUGCAAUAUGAUAGCACGUGAGCACAGUCACAUGGUUUUGUUUCAUAUUUCACACGCUUUCCUUAAAUGCCCCUAAAAAUGUAUCGUUUCUGAACCCCCUCUACAACGCAACGAAACGCACAUGGCACUAAAGUGAAUAUUAAAAAUUUUGCAUAAUUGAUCUUAGUUAAUUAACUAAUUAAGUGGGCUAUAAAGAACACUCUAAAGCGUGCCACAUGGCGACAAACCAUAUGUUGUUGGUUUCAUUAAGCUGCGGUUAACCACUUCUUAAAAAUCCUUUGUUCAAGUUGCAUGAAACACCCUGUAUAUUAUGAAAAAUAUACUCUGCAAAUAAGCAUCGUAUUUUCGUUGUUUUUUUGUUUUUUUCUUGGAAGGGCUCCUUCUAAAAUGGCAUUCUGAAUCCACUCCACUCGCAGACAGCUUUCUGAGACGACGAAGAAAAAUCUACGGGGGCAAUGUGUGCAUGCAUGACAGCACUUCUAAAUAUAGUCCCACAGUUUCAAUUGAGUUCGCCAUGUAAUCUCCAAUGUAUCGUAUGUGUUACACUGUUUGGUAGCUCAAAAUUCGAAUUUACAGGGGUCCUGAACCAUCCCUCAGGCUUGGUGAAAAUAAACAAGUCUGCAGAUAGCAUAUGCUGCUGUGAACAUCUCAGCAGAAUUUCGCAGUCAUGAGCAGAGCAAAAAGUCAACUUUUUCUCAAACACACACUUUUCAACAAAAGCCUGCUUUUCUGGAUGCUUUAUCUCGUCAUAUAGCAGAUUCCCACACGUGGCUGCUAUUGGCGAAUAGCUGUUAUCAAUCGAGAAGGGCAUUUGGAUCAGUGCAAUUCUUUCUACUGUUACUGUGUAUAUUUGCCCGAAAUGUAUAUUUGCUGAGACAGCUUAAUAAACAGGCUGAAGUAAGGCAAAAUCUCCAUUUGAAAUUUGAUAAUAAUUAUGUUCUUCUGGAAGAAACCAAAUCUCAUCUGCUCACGCUCGGCCUCUCGUCUGCUCACGCUCGGCCAUGGACACCCACGCAGGAACUAAACUUUGGCCACCCUGCUUGUCGGUGUCAUAGCCAUCUGGUCUCUCUAAUUUCGACUUGUUUUGAACACUCAACUACUCGAACCGUGCGAAACUUAAGGGCGGGGCACACGCACGCUUUCCAGUGCGCUCUCACUUCUGGCCAUUCCUAGUUGGAUGCCUUGGCAGACUUGCUUUGCAUUGAGCUGCUGAUAGCGCUUCAAAAAUGUGCAAGUUGGACGUGGCUACUAUCCGUUGGUGGUCAAGCUGCUGCAGGACAGAGCUGGUCCACACCACGUAGCACAGCCAGACAGAAGCCUGUGAGCGAUGCCGUGACCGUUGCAGGGUGCAACGACGAGUCUGCUGACAAAGUACACCGUGUCUAGCCGACGACAACCGCAUUUGGCAUGUCAUAGGUGCCGAAAUUGGAAAUAGUGCCAUCUACGUGAACAUUCAAAGUCAAACUUGAACUACCCGCCACGGUGUCAUUCAGAAGGUAGGGCAUUGUGGGCACACACUGCUCUGCUGUAACCUUCGUAGUGCAAGGAAAAGAAAAAGGAGGGGAAGCCACACAAAGAGGAUCAUAGGUGACCUUUCAUUGCCAAUAACUCUGCAUCCACUGAGCACAUUGAAGUAUUUUUUGCAGCAAGGUAUUUCUGAAAAAGUAUUUUAAGUUCCAAUGUAUUUGUCAACUUCGAUACAAAGUGGUUCAGGGCCUCUUUUGAGUAUAGGAAACAUUAGGUAGCUCAUAGUUGCAUGUUUCAUACGUUUAAGAGGGUUUCCAAUUGUGAACAGUUUAGCAAACCAAUUACUAGUAAAUAAUUAAUGUACUGAUCAAGUUAGAACUCUGGUGUUGGGCUGCAGAGCACGAGGAUGCGGGAUCGAAUCCCGGCCACGGCGGCCACAUUUCGAUGGGGGCCAAAUGUGAAAACACCCGUGUACUUAGCUUUAGGCGCACGUUAAAGAACCCCAGGUGGUCGAAAUUUCCGGAGUCCCCCACUACGGCGUGCCUCAUAAUCAGAAAGUGGUUUUGGCACAUAAAACCUCAUAAUUUAAUUUUUUUAAAGUUAGAACUCAAAAAACAUUUGACAGUUUAUGUUGUAUCAAUGUACCCUUCGUGGCCAGAAAUAAAAACAAGCAAGUUGUUCUAAAAUUUUUGUGUGUGUGUGUAGAAGUGUGACCAGCAGUUUAAUUUGAGUUCGUUUAAGCUGGGUAAUAAAAAAACAUAAACAUGUUAUUUCAGAACUUGUACUAAAAUAAGACAUAAAACACUAUCAUCAUCAUCAGCCCAUUUUUAUGUCCACUGGGAGGAUGAAUGCCUCUCCCAACAAUAUCCAGUUCUUUGUUUUGCACUAGCAGAUUCCAGCUUGCGCUUAAAGUACACUACUGAGUGAUGGCAAGUUCAAAACUGUUGCAAGUAGAAAGCUAUGCCCAUUUAGUAUGGCAGAAAAUGUAGCCAAACUGCCAAACUUCUUGCAUAACAAAACGCGCUGAAGCACUGUUCCUGUAGUUUUGCUUUCAUGGCUAUAAGAAGUUGUCCACGAGCGUAGAGUAAAUUUGCCAGUCAUGAAAGGCAAGUUUUCUAGCUAGGUAAUCCUGAAAUAUGCUACGUCCAACUGCAAAUAUACUGAAAUUGGGCACUUAUUUGCUUGUCGUUUUCGGGAGUUGUAUGAUUAAAAUAUUGCUUGUGGCCUUCUCCAUUCCCUAACGUUCCCUAAAAAUAUUUUUGUUUAUUCCCUUCAGCCACAAAUAUGACUGAGUGGUCUUAAGGCCACUAAAUUGACAUGAUUUUCUGUAGAUAUGGCACAACCUUUGCAAAAAAGAAAAACAUUUUGACCCUUUAGCAUGACUUGUCACAUGGAGCCAGUCAUUACGACUGCAAAGCAUAAUUGAUUCCAGGCAUUGAGCUUUUGUAUAUAUUGUUAUAACAAGAACUGAAACAUUUGUUACAGGUGGAUGCACUGGUUAGUGCUGAGUUUAGGGUCUUGUGAUUCAAGAAAGUCUACCAAUUAACUGCAGUGAACAGGGUAAUACGUUAACGUCUUAUCAAACCUGGUAGUGCACAUUUUAAGAUACCAUAGUUUUGCAUUACUUUCCUUGUGAAACUGACUUAAAUUGUUUUUCACUGACUUGCAACAUUGUUUUAGCAAAGGAUUGCAUUUAUAUUCAGUGCUAUGCCCAAGCUUUCCUUUUUCUCUUGUCUUCACUGCUUGAACGUACAAAAGUAAAUUGUCACCAUACGUAGGCACUACGACCGAGAGUUGUUGCCAUGCAAGUGUAUCGUUAACCUGGCACAACUGUGCCUUUGUACUAGAUGCCCUUGUGUGUUAUCUUUUGACUGUAUUGCGGCAGAGAUGUACGUUGGUUUUCGUUGGAGAUGAAUGGAGUGCCAUACCUGUAGUCAUUAAAGGGACACUAAAGGGAAAAACGAUUUCUCCUGCAUCAGUAAAUUACCGUUCUACAACACCAAAAACACCACUCUUACAACGAUAAGACGUUUGGUGAGCCAGAAAAAGCGCAAGAACAAAAUACGAGUGGCAACGACUACUGAAGUCCCCGCACCUGGGGGCUGUGACGUCUUGGAUUUUGAUCGCAUCUUCUAGGUCCUACUAAUUAUAUAUAGCAGUACAGAUUGACUACAUUGUGUUCUAAAGGAACCAAAUAUUAAACGUGGCAAGUUUGGGGAACCUUUAUUCAGGCAACGCGGCCCAAAUGCGAAAACAUACUUUGGAAUCCCUGACGUCACGCUGACGUACCGGCGCAGGGGUUUCGGUGCGAAAUUAAAAUACUGAUACUUGGACCUUCAUUUUCUCAUCUAAUAAUAAAAGUAUAUUUUUUUAAAUGACUGCCUGCAGGGUUCUCAAACAAUGCUUCAUUAGUCUAAACUGAUUUAUUGUUUCGCUUUAGUGUCCCUUUAAGCGCAGGAUUGGUUGACUUGACCAGUACCCGGAAAGGUUGAAGAAACGUGUCAAAUAUAUUAUUCCUGGUAUUGAAGUGCUUGUAAAAAUGAAAUGAAAACCAAUGUGGGACAGGGGCAUCUGCAAGUUGUCCACCACCUCUUUGUAGUAUUCCGUUCAGUUCUACACUCUGUUUAGUACACGGCAGGUAACACCACGGAGGCUAGUAGAGAGGCGUCUCCAACUGCUAGCGUCCGUGACCAAGAAAUCAUGGCCACUUAUGAAAAGAGGACAUAGGUAUGCACCAUGUAAUUCGAUGUAACAUUGUCUCAUACUUUUGUGUCACAAAAUACGAUUCGACGCCUUCCAUGUAAUGGAAAGCGUCGAUGGUCUGAACCUAUGUACCACUUAACGAGGGGAGUGGCAUGUUUUACUGGAACCAGUGGCCAUAGUGCACCGCUUUCACCCGCGACCAAAGUGUAGUACAUUGCGUCCCAGAAGCGAAAAUGUGCACAAAUAAUGUGUGAUUUGACAUAGCCUGAUGUCCACAAGUUGUAGUUUAAUACACUAUGUAAUUAUCCCGUAGAAAGUGUCGCAGAUCAAGAACAGCACUGUGAAGCAUGUCGAGUGAGACGUGUAUGAUUACACUGGUUGUGUGGCUUCUGCAGCAUUGCCGGCUAGGUAUGAAAUGGGGUAUAAUUAGCUCUUCCCUUUAGCAGUGAACUGUACUGCACCUUCCACCAUGGUGUCGAGUCAUUGUGACACUACUGUUUUCAUGAAACUCUCAUUCUGCUGUGAAGUGUUCCUGCUUAUACUGUGUCAAUACUGCUAAACACUGUGAACAAAUGGAGCCGGAAAAAUUUGCGUUGCUGGAUGCCAAGUGCAUGGUAAAGCCUCACUAUUACACUUUAAAAAAAGUAAUGAUAACAUUACAAGAAGGCAAGAAACUUGCAAAACAAACCUUAUGAAUGGAAUUUGAUGUUUCCUAAUGGACUAUUUCAAGUAUUCUCCAGAACGAUCAUACGAAGCGAAAAUGUGUCACUGAGGUCUUGCUGCAUUGGGACCACUGGGGCUGUGUUUUCAAGCAAUUGCUUUCGAGGACAUCAUAGUCAUUGUGCAUCAAUUGGCUGAUAGCAUGCAGGAGUGGAUAUGAUGAGAGUUUUUCAGACCUGGACUGAGCGUUAUUUUCACGUCGUGAAAUUCUUGAGUGUAUCACCCCUUGGCGGUGGCACAGUGGCUGUAGCGUUGCACUGCCGAGCACAAGGUUGCGGGCCCAAUACUCGGGUGCACUUAAAAGGAAAAAAAAUGAAAAAACACUGAUGUAUUAUGCUUAAGGUGCAUCUUAAAGGACCCCUGGUGGUCAAAAUGAGUCCGGAGCUCCCUGUGCUACGACGUCCUUCGUAACCCACUGGUGCAGUUUUCGGGACAUUCACCUCACAAUUUUUAGUUUCUCAAAUGCAUUGACCCGAUGUUCAUCGCUCAAGUGAGAUGCUGCACUGGGUGUUACCUCAUGCAAAGCCCAAAGUGUCCGUAAAAUUGAUUGACAAUAUGGCCCCUGCUGAAUGACCCGCAAGGAUAUGCGUCUUUAGGCUUGUUGACGCUCUCAAACAAAAAGGCGAUAUGUCCACAUUCAGUGAACACGGAUGAGAGAGGAUACUUUAGCUAAACACCAUUCUCUGUGUUGUCCCGAUUGUCAGUUUUUAUAUUUGUGCCCUGAUGUGCUUGAACCAACCUGAUGACUUUUGCGGUGUCAAUGGGAUGCUUACUUGACAUAAAAAUUGUUUCAGCGCAAACACGUGCAACCACAAAGUAUCAAGGACGGGACACAAGCGCUGCGUCCCGUCCUUGAUACUUUGUGGUUGCAUGUGUUUGCGCUGUAACAAUUUUUAUGUGAGGUAUGCACCAACUCGCCCAGAAAGAUGUUUUAAUGGGAUGCUUGUUUGUUUGUGACAUCACUGCUGCUUUAUUGCCCGCAAAUGCUAGCAUGUCAUGCAGCAAAGGUCAAUUCGACCCCGUUGCUGCUUCACUUAAAGCUAACUACAACAAAAUUAUGCUUUUGCUAAAUUGGUUGUAAAUGAGUAAGUACUGUACACAUAUUAUAAUGAGGCGAUGUUGGCAAAGGUGUGGGCCUGGUAGUUGUCUAAUUUUCUUAACAGCCUUUAAAUGGCACAUGAGCUCUUGACACCUGCACCUGAUGGUUAGUGGAUGUGAUGCAAAUAUCAGAUGAUGGUCUCCGAGAAUUUCAGCAUGCUGCAGGUGGUGCCUUACCUCUGAAGUCAUGCUGAGGACCUAUGGCAUUUCUCAACGUUCUUGGUUUUGCAUCAUUUUGGGCAAGCGGCGAUGGCAGUGUUAUUUUUUCACUUUUGGAGUAAAAAGUUGACAUUUUGCAAGUUUUUGGUGACAUAUCCAAUCGCAAACGUAAAAUUUGAACUGAGGCUGUUAUAUAUCUGCAGUACCUGAAACUAGGCGUUUUGCACUGUACUAAAUUUUGUGGCAGUUCACCUUUAAGUGCAUUUGUUUGCAGUGGUACAUAUAUGUUAUUGAGCUAGGCAAGCAUUAGCCACUGGUCUAGUUGGUUAGACAUACUAGGGCCGCAGCACAGGAAGGACACAAAAGUGUGGCACAAGUAUUACGUUUUUGUGUCCUUUGUCCUUCCUGCACUGUAGAGCUGGACAAACUUUGUAAGUGCACACUUCAUGGCAGUAAGAGAGUUAGAUAAUAAUACGCCUUCUGAAAGCAGUUCAGUGUGCUAUCUCCUUGCACCUUAGCAGACAUCAACGCCCUCUACCAACCUAGCCCUUUUAAUAAAGUGAAGAUUUCGAUGAAGUGGCAAGCUCCAACGCAUUGUGAAGCGAUAACAGGAACUGAAGUGCAAGCAUGAUGUACUGUAGUCUACGUAUUCUACAGGAAUUUUCAAAGUGCAAAAGCUUUUUCUGCAGAAUGUUGAGCAACUGCUAUUCCAAGUGGCGUAGCAGAUUCAGAUGGCUAAAUGGAAUGAUGAGUUAAGAUCACAGGCUUUAGUACCAAAUCCUUCUGAAAGCACUGUGAUGGUAACACUAGCUUUAAUGAUAUGACACAGCGCCUGCUAAGCGUUGAAAUGGGUGUCUAGGUGUGUGUGUCUACGGUAGCCUGCAAGGUGGAGGAAGAUUCAUGAAAGGGGGAAAUUGUGAUUCACCCGACUGCAGCACGAAAUUCUCGGGAAGAAAGCUUCGCAGUUGACGAAAAACUCGUCCAGGCCCAGGUGUUGAACUCGCGACGAACACCUUUCCAGGGCAGCCACUCUACAAUCUGAGCUAACCAGGAGAAUAGCAGAUCGCAGGACAAUGGCAAAUUAAUUGACAACUCUACCGUGCCACAGUCAGGUAGAUGACAAUUUUUCCUUUCGAAAUAUUACUUGGCAAGUCUGUCAUAAACGUCUGGUGCUAAUCCAACCUUGCCAAAUAUUACCAGUAACCACUUCUUUGAAGGACUACUACACUUGAGGCUUCAUUGCUGUGCAGAUGUACCAGUUUCUAAGUUAAUGUGUGGAUCAGUAAGCUAACUUGGCACUGUGCGAUACAGUCAUCUAAUCAAGCAUAUUUCCUCAUUAGUCUCCUGGUAAAUUUGUUACCUUAAUUUAUCUAAAAAAUUGUUUCCUUGGUGCAUCUCACCAUAUCUGCAUUGCUAAAUAUAUUUCCCUCCAUUUAGAUUUAGGGAAGACAUUCAGUUCCCUAUUGAAUGUCAGCUUUUUCUUUAAUAUUCGUGUUUCACCCUAUUAGUAAGUUAUGUCAUUUGGAAACCCCCAGCUAUUUCCCAACUCCCUUUAAUUCAGCAUGCAUACCUAGUCGAUGCAUACCUAGGCUGCUGAAGCAUCUUCAUAAUGCACCUGUGCACUCAAGUUCUUGUGCCGGCAAUUUCAAACAUAUUUUUGUAAUGUUAUACUAUAUCGUUACAUGUAUUAUGUGACCAUCAGCCAUGGUAUUUUCCACUGCAACUCAAGAACUGCCACCUUUUGAAAUGAAUGUGCCAAAUAAAAAAAGAAGCUCAAUUGCCUUGCAAAAUACUGGCAAGCUGUGUAAACAGUCCUGCAAAAGGGAGCUGGAGAGGUCUUAAAAGUUGAAACAUAACUGUGCUCUUGACUUGGUUUGAAUGUAGUAAUACGAAAUGGGCUCUAGUUAUUUCACCAUCAACUGUGUGCUGGUGAUAGGACGAGCAUUUAAUAAUUAUUGUCCUGUUUAAGUAGGCAGUUUGUGCAUGAUCAUGUUGCCUAUGCUAAUGUUCACACUUCAUUUGUUGCUACAAAGGCAAACUCUCCUCCCUGAUAGGUCUCUAAAUCCGGUGAUGUCAUGUGUUAAGUGGACAAAAGAGUCCUAAUUUGAAUUUCAUAUCUAUUUCAGCUUAUUAACA